GUUCCCGUGGAAAAGAUGCUUUUGCAUCAGAAGGAAAGUUUAAGACAAUCCCUGAUGAUCCUUAACCCCGAAAUACAAAAAGAUGCGACGAGAUGCUUCAAAGCGGUUCAAAGGAUAAUGGGCGAUAGACCUCGAGGUCGCGGUCCAGUUGAUGUUCUCGAGGAUAUCCGGUGGUUGCUGGAUCGUGGUAUCUUCUAUGGUGAACUGAGGGACGAAAUAUACGUUCAAAUUUGUAAACAACUUAACAAAAAUCCCAACGGGGGUAAAGUACUGACGCUGGCGGAAAUCGAGAGGGCAAAGGAGGCACCAUUUAAUCCUUCGGUGUUUGGUGAGUCCCUAGAGUUCAUAAUGGACCUCCAGAAGCAGACACACCCGGAACUUAAGGUGCCCCGUAUUCUACCUUUCCUGGCGGACGCGAUUAUCGAGUUGAAAGGUCAAUCGACCGAAGGCAUAUUUCGAGUGCCGGGCGAUGCCGAAUUUAUUACCGAACUGAAACUGAGGAUCGAGAAGAAUCGGUAUGACAUCAGCGGAAUCACCGACCCCAACGUUCCGUCAUCCUUGCUAAAACUAUGGCUACGAGAUUUGGCAGAUCCGUUGAUACCGGCCGACUUUUAUGACAGGUGCAUAAAAUUCGCGGAGGACAAGGAUAUGACGAUCGAAAUUGUUAAAAGUUUACCAGAGAUUAACAAAAGGGUCGUGACAUAUACGAUAGACUUCCUGCAGAAAUUUUAUAAUCCCGAAACGACCAUACUGACGAAAAUGAAUGUACACAAUCUGGCCAUGUGCUUUGCGCCAAACUUUUUAAGAUGUCCGUCGGACAAUUUAUCCGUCAUAUUUGAAAAUACCAAGUAUGAACAAGCGUUUGUUCGAACGUUGUUGCUAUAUUUGCGUAGCAAGGAGAUAAUCACCGAUGGAGGUGAAAAUCACGACGAUAUCAAGAUAUAG